UGGAUUUUGUGCGGAAGCUUUGGUGGGUCUGAAAUGGAUUUGUGGGGAUGCUUUUGGAUCUUUGGAUCCCGGUAGUCUAUCUUUGGGGUUUGCGAACCCGGAUCUUUGGAUCUUCCAUCGACGUCAUUUUCUCAGAAAAGAUCGCGACAAAGAAAUGCCAAUGAUGUCUCAAUUCCACCACCCACGCUUCUGCGGAUGAUGUCCAUAGGAUGCUAAUGACUGCUACAAGUUAUUAGUACUUUGCUAUUGGUAUGUGACAGACAUUCUUAUUUGAAUAGAUCAGGCCAAGAACGAAACAGAGAAGAAAGAAAGAUGCAGUCAAUAAUACACUUUGCCAUUAGUGCGUUGCUUCUACUACUAGUACUGCAAUGCCCAUCAUCCGUCACAGCCUCCACUUGGGUCAUGCCCGAAUCGAGCUACCCCAAUCCGUUCUGGCCCAGUGGCGCCAAUCCCCGCGACGUGGACGCCUUGGUAGACUUGGUCAUGAAGGACAAGACCAUCAAUCUACGCGCCAUUCCCGACCGCUUUGAACGUCAACUCUACAAAUCCACCAUACUCACGGCCGUCAAUUGCUUUUACGAAAACUUGGCAUACUAUCAUGGCAGCCAGGUCAUGGGACACGAAUUGCGAUGGAUUCGACUCCCCAAUCGACGCGCUAGUUUGCAACGACAGUAUGAAAUUGCCGUGCACGAAAAUCAAGACAUUGACGAACGUCUGCUGGAAGAAACUGCUGCACGGUUAUUGGACAAUCAAUCCAUCAAUCAACGAUUCUUGCCGGAUGCCCUCGAACGAAAACUAUACGUCAAUUGUCUCAAAAUUACCUUUCGCGUACUAGCACUACUGGCAGGAUCUAUCCGCGUCCGAUUGUGCGGACACGAAUUGUCCAUGGACUUGUCCAAAGUCAGCAAACCCAUUCUGAGCAAAUCCGUGCAACGGGCCAAAAUAGAUCGCGCGUUGGUACGUCAAUUGGCGGAAGAUGCCGUCGUCAAACAACAACGAAAAUUCUUUUUGUUUUUCUGGAAGGAACCCUUGCAAGAACUCAAGAUUAAUCUACAUGCCAGUCUCUACGCACUGCUCUUGGCCAUUACGGAUGAUUUGCUCGCCAACUUUUCCAUGGAACUUCUCUCCGAUCGGAUCAGUUUGGAUUUGGCACCCAGUAAAUUGAAUAAGAAAAAGAAGAAAGAGGAAGAUGAGGAAAGCAAGCAAUAGCCGGAUUAUUAUAGUUGCAGUGCGUGAUGCCAUGAAAAGAUUGACGAGUGGUCAUUUUGGAUAUGAUUGCGGUUACGAGGUACUGGCUACCGGUACCAGGUACUGUAGCUAGUAGAAUAGAGUCGCAGUGAAAGACAAGAUCCCAAGAAGGAGGCCACGUUAAAGUAGUCUAGCCUUACUCAUAUAUAUAAUUUUCGAUUCCGGUGCCU